AUGGGAAAUCAGCAGUUUGAAGCUAAUGAGUCUGAAACUAAUAUCACAUAGUAUUACCAAAAUAUGCUCAAUUAAAACAAAGAAAACAUCCCUUAUCAGUAUCAGAACACUCCUAAAUUGUUGAGUGCAGAAAGUCGUAAUAAAUUGAGACCAACAUCAAAAAUCAAUUUAGAUAUGAAAUUGUGUUCUAAAUCUUCAGAAAAAUAGUUUCAUGGUAUAUAAUAAGUAUGGUUUUAUAAUUUAAAUUAGAAAAUGUUUUAAGAAACACCAAUAGUUAGAAAUCCUUUAGAGAAAUUACAUAGAAAGAGAAGUAGUACUAAAAUAGUUUAAGAGAAUGAUGAAUCUCAUAUUCAAUUAUUGGAUCUUCUAAAGAAUAUGGUUAGACAUCAAGAUUCAACAAUGUAAAGUAGUCAAGUUAAGAUUACAGAAUAGUCAUGUUAAGAGUAUGAUAAAAAGAAACAUAUGAUUAAUCAAAAUUAAUAUUACAGACCAUAAAUUGAAGAUAUACCAUUAUAGUUAAAUAAUAGAAAGAGAUCAAAAACAUUUGAAGAAUCAUUUAGAACAUUAAUAUCAAAUGAAGAUAGAUGUUAACCAUUAAAGAUGAAUAGAAGAGAAAGUAAAGAAGAAGAAGCUCUUUAAUUUAUAUUAUAGAAUUGCACUUAAACUUAAUCAAGAAUAGAUCAAUAAAUAUCUAAUAGUAUAACAUUUGAAUCUUUAGAAAGUGAUUGGUAAGCAUUAACUAAAAAGAAUUCAAAAUAAUUAGAAACACCUGGAACUGCUUAAUUUCAUGGAUUAAAUAAAGAUGAUAAAAUAUUUGAACUAUCUACAUCCAAUUUUAUAGAUUAAAAUAAUGAGGACUAUUAAGGUUCAAGAAGACCAUCUUGUCUUGAAUCUACUUUUCUAAUCCCUAUGGUUUUACAUUCAUAAAAUAGUCUAGAAUUUGAUGAUUCUAAAGAUGUCUAUUAAAAUUCAAAACCUACUUAACCAUAUGAGUAUAAAAGAACUUAAAUACCAAUGAAUGGAUUAUUUUCUAAAUAACAAUCAUAAAAUCAUUUAAAUAAAUUAGACAGCAAACUCAAUUCUACAAAUAGAGAUCUAACCUAACCUUUAAAAAAGAUAAUAUAGACUUAAGCCACAGGAUUACCUAAUAAAGCACCUUUAAAACAUAAAUCAUUUCAUUAAUAAUCAUAAAAUGCUCUAUCAUUACCAUUAUAGAUGAUUAAUUCAAAAGGGAAUUUAGGUUUUAGAUCAAAUUUAAGUUUAAUUUAAAAUGUGCCUUAAUCUUCUUUAUCUUCAAAAAAUGGAAGAAAUCAAUUUGAUUCAAAAAUAAUGAAGACAAAAUAAACAAUAACACAUCCUGAAGAAGAAUGGUUUGAUAAUUCAAAAUUAGAAUAUAAGAAAAUCAUGAUGAUUUUAGAUGAAUAAUAAUAAUAAUAAUAAUAAUAGAUUUAGAAUUUCAGUAUAUAAAAUAAAAGUGAAAUGAUAUCAAAUACUUUUAAUAGUUCAGAUAUUAAUUGUUCAUAGAGAUUUUAGUUAGAUGAUUUCAAACUUAAACCUCAUCUUGAAGAUAAGAAUACAUAAACAUAAUUAAAAGAUUUAUAAAAGAAUUUCAUAAAUAGAUUAUGUUAACCAAAAAAUAAAUGUAGUUCAAGAAUAACUGAAAAUAAUCCAUAUUGGAAAUUAAGAGAACUUGAUUAAUCAAAAAGAACAAAUAGAAAAUGA